GAAAGGUAGAGAUGAGAGCUUGGGCCUCCCAUCAUCCAAACAGGUCCCCUCCCCGGUGCGUCGUUGUGGCUUGCUUCCUGGAAAACCGACUCCGGAAUUACAGAUUUUCCUGGCGACAAUCAUGGAGCAGAACAGCCCCCAACACCUGAGCGUCACCAUUGGCGAAUCCCGUCGCGAGCUCCUCUCUCCCCUCCCCGACGAUCCUCCCCCUUCCUCCAUGGACGUCUUCGUCGACGACGACGACGGCUACGACGGCUCCUCCGCUCCCUCAUGGCGUCUCAGCCUCACCGAGUUCCACCUCCCUCCCCGCGACCCCCACCGCCGCCGCCCCUCUCUCGCUUCUCCUGCCGCCACCUUCUCCCUGCUCCGAGGAAAGAGCGCAAGAUAGCAGAAUAUUACGAGAAACAGGAAAGCCUUCUCGAAGGGUACAAUGAGAUGGAGGCCAUGACUGACUCAGAUUGUUUUCCAGGAAGCCUAACUGAGGAUGAAAUGAAGCAGCUCGCAAAGAGUGAAAGAUUUGCGGUCCAUAUUUCAAACAUAGCAAACUUGGUGCUUUUCAUAGCAAAGGUCUUCGCUUCUGUUGAGAGCAGAUCGCUGGCAGUUAUCGCCUCAACCUUGGAUUCAUUCUUAGAUCUACUAUCAGGUUUUAUUUUGUGGUUCACGGCACAUGCUAUGAGGAAACCAAACCAAUAUCAUUACCCUAUUGGUAAGAAGCGGAUGCAACCAGUGGGUAUCAUUGUAUUUGCUUCAGUUAUGGCAACUCUUGGCUUACAAAUCCUGCUGGAGUCUGCUCGAGAAAUUCUCUCCAAGUCACGCCCAGAUACUGAUCAUGAGAAGGAGAAGUGGAUGAUUGGGAUUAUGGUUUCUGUUACAGUAGUGAAGUUUGCCCUUAUGAUUUAUUGCCGAAGAUUCAAGAAUGAAAUCGUCAGAGCAUAUGCUCAAGAUCAUUUCUUUGAUGUUGUAACUAAUUCUGUCGGUCUGGCGGCGGCUGUCCUAGCCAUCCAAUACUACUGGUGGAUAGAUCCAGUUGGAGCUAUAAUAAUAGCAAUAUAUACCAUAAGCACGUGGGCAAGAACGGUGAUCGAGAAUGUAUGGUUGCUUAUCGGAAGAACGGCCCCACCUGAAUUUAUAGCGAAGUUAACAUAUCUCAUUUGGAACCACCAUGAAGAGAUCAAGCACAUUGACACGGUGAGAGCUUACACUUUUGGUUCUCAUUACUUCGUGGAGGUGGACAUAGUAUUACCUGAAGACAUGCUCUUGAACCAAGCCCACAAUAUUGGGGAAAUGCUUCAAGAGAAGCUGGAGCGAUUGCCCGAAGUUGAGCGAGCUUUCGUCCAUAUUGAUUUUGAGUUUACUCAUACGCCUGAGCACAAGAAUAAAGUAUGAGGCGGAUGAUCACAUCUGACCAUCUAGAAUCAGGCGGCUACUCCCUCGUCUUAUUCCGUUUUAUGCAAAUGCUUUUACUACAAAAGCAUUUUGUCCUCACUGAUACGUGUUGAAGAUCAGUGUUUGGUUGAAACGAUGUCCUUAUUAUUAGUAGGAACUACUUUUGAAAUGGUGCGCCAUUUCAUUUUGUUCUUUCAUUGUGAGGACUGAACUAUUGGAGAGAGAUGCUUGAAAUCUUCGUUUGUCACGUGGGAGGAAGUUAUUGGCUUUUUAAGACCUUAGGUUUUUUCCUCGAGGUAAGCAUUCUUCCCCCACACUAGCGCUUCCAUGUAAUAAAAUUUUUCUG